GUGAGGCCCUGGGGGGGGGCGCGGGGCCCGGGCGUGGCGGCGGACGGGCCGGUGCUGCGCGCCAUGUGCGCGGGGGCCGGGGCUGCGGGCCCCGCCGCGGCGGGAAGCGUGUGGCGCCCUGCCUGCAGCUGCUUGCUUUAUUCUUACUUAAAGCCCUUUGCAUAGAGUGAUUCUUCCUGCAGCACGCCGUUAAAUCCUUAUUUUAGGGACAGCAGAAAUGCCGGGAAUUCGGUUCCCGAAAAUAAGCCUCUUGAAACUGGCCGGUGGUUGGUUUUAAGCGUUUUUAAUUUAUUUUUUUCUUGCUUGGGAUGAAGGUUGAAAAUCGCUGGUGUGACUAGGUGAUGGGAUUUCCAGUGUUGUCUUGUGUUCCUAACAUAGCCUAGGCCAGGUUGGAGCCCCGCUCUGCAAAGCGCUGUACUGGCGAUGCUGCGUCGUGUAUCGCAUCUUGGCGCUGGGAAUCCUGAGGCAGGAAGGAAAGGAGAAUCCAAAGUACAGCAAGAGUUGUUUUGCAGGCCUGCAACAUGUUGAUUUUGUGUUUUGUUUGAUGUUCAUAGUGGAAAAAAAGGGGGGGGAGGGAAGGAAAUAAGUGGUAGGGUUGUUGGGGUGAGAAGCUGAGACGAGAGGUUAGAAGGGAAGGUACACAGAAGCGUAGUGGUGACGCACCGCGGAAAUUGAGGAGCGGAGGGUAAAAACAAAGGAUAAACUUAUAGCAAGGCAGUAGCUGAGAGGAGAGCGAAGGGAGAAAGUAAACAAAACAAAGUAGGUGUUUUAUUAUUUGUGCUGUGCCCCCUUUCUUAAAGGGUGCCUGGGGGAGUCGCCGCUCCUGUGAGAAGGUCCUGCCUGCCUCCUCUGCCUGGCCCUGCAGCUGGUACCGACAGCUCGGGGAUGGGGAUGGGGAGGAUGGGGUCUUCCUCCCUGCUACCCAUUUUCUUGACCCUUUGUUCCAUGCUUCUGGAAUUGCUAAGGGCACUUCUCACUGGUGUCUUUGUGUCCAGUGUUGUUCUGGUCUUACAACAGCGAGCACUUUUCAAGUUUUAUAUGAUCGCCUCAGCAUUUCUGCUGGCUGCAACUUCAGUGUUGGUGAAUUACUAUGCUUCUUUGCACAUAAACUUCUACAGUGCCUACUACACAGCUGCGUUUGGAAUUCAGAUCUUCCCUCAUAAAGGACCUUCGCUAUGGAUGGCCCUUUCCAUCCUUCAGCUUACCUUUGGAAUUGGAUAUGUUACACUGCUGAAUGUGCAGUCCAUAUACUCUCAACUCAUCAUCCUGGAUAUACUGAUUCCUGUAAUUGGCUUGGUUGUUGAAUUACCUUUAAACGUCCGGCAGAUACUAGUUUUUAUUUCAGGCCUAGUUCUGACACUAAAUACCACAGCCAUUUUAGUUACGAAAAUUAAAUGGUUCUAUUAUUCGGUGCGGUAUGUUUAUCUGCUGGUGAGGCACAUGUAUCGCAUUUAUGGAUUACAGCUAUUGAUGGAAGAUACAUGGAAAAGGAUUCGAUUUCCAGCUGUACUGCGCGUCUUCUGGCUAUCGAGACUUACAGCACAAGCUGUGGUAUUAACGUAUGUUGUCAAGAUGGCUGAAACUAAUACAGAAGAAAAAUUCUUCUUGAUAUCGUGGGAUAACUGUUGGGAACUGAUUUGCAGUCUGAUCAUAAGUGGGUGUGACUCUACUUUAACUGUCUUAGGCAUGAGUGCCGUCAUUUCCUCAAUAGCGCAUUAUUUGGGACUUGGUAUCUUGGCCUUCAUCGGAUCAACCGAUGAGGACGACAAAAGGCUUGGCUUUGUAGCACCCGUCUUGUUUUUCAUCUUGGCCCUGCAGACUGGUUUAAGUGGACUGAAACCAGAAGAACGAUUAGUUCGCCUGAGUCGAAACAUGUGCCUUUUGUUGACCGCAGUCCUGCAUUUUAUCCAUGGAAUGACAGACCCUGUGCUGAUGUCUCUCAGUGCCUCCCACGUGUCGUCGUUUCGCAGACACUUCCCUGUACUGUUUGUUUCUGCUUGCCUUUUCAUCCUUCCGGUUCUGCUCAGUUACAUCCUCUGGCACCACUAUGCACUAAAUACUUGGCUUUUUGCAGUUACAGCAUUCUGUGUAGAGCUCUGCCUAAAAGUAAUAGUUUCUAUCACUGUUUAUAUAUUGUUUAUGAUUGAUGGCUACUAUAAUGUGCUAUGGGAAAAACUUGAUGAUUAUGUCUAUUAUGUUCGUUCAACUGGCAAUAUUAUUGAGUUUAUAUUUGGAGUAAUCAUGUUUGGAAAUGGAGCUUACACAAUGGUCUUUGAAUCGGGAAGCAAGAUUCGUGCGUGCAUGAUGUGUCUGCACGCGUACUUCAACAUCUAUUUGCAAGCAAAGAAUGGCUGGAAAACUUUUAUAAAUCGCCGGACUGCUGUUAAGAAAAUAAACUCGCUUCCAGAAGUAAAAGGAAGUCGGUUACGUGAAAUAGAUGACGUCUGUGCAAUCUGCUACCAUGAGUUCACCACCUCUGCUCGCAUUACUCCAUGCAACCAUUACUUUCAUGCACUUUGUCUUCGGAAGUGGCUGUACAUUCAGGACACUUGCCCGAUGUGCCAUCAGAAAGUGUAUAUUGAGGACAAAGAAAACACCGGUAUCUCUAACAACAAUGGCUUUGUGGCACCAAAUGAAAAUCCUGUACAAGCUGCAGAAGAAGCUGCUGAUGCUGAAAAUGAAUUAAAUGAAGAUAACGACAGUUCUGACAGCGAUGAGGAAGACAGUGACUGUGUGGCACAGCACUUGAACGAGACUCUUAAUGUCGACUCCAACUCUCUUGGUGAUUAAGAUGUCCUUUAAGCCGUGAGUUAUUUGUUCGAGAUUGACUUCAACAGAAUAAAAGUAUCACUUUGUAGUUAUUGUACUUAAGCACAACAGCAGUAUCUCAAUGUUGAGUCUGUGAAUGGUGGUUGUUUACUGUGGUGUGUGCUACUGUAAAUAUACCUCUAAUUUUUGCUGGUCUCUUUAAUGACCACCUUAAAAUUAUGUACAUUAUUGUACAUGGAAUAAAAUGUUUUCACAUGUUUUUAA